AGACGAACAAGCAUCAGAAGUUGUUUCAAACUUUCAAGUAGAAACAGUUUCCUACUUUGAAAAAAGAAUAGUUAAUAUCAUCAUGAAGCUGCUAGUUUUUGUGUUGGCCGUAUUAUGCGCUGUCACUUACACAAGCGCUGACUUGUCAGGAAAAACAUCAUCAUCGCAAUCAACCGAAGUUCUUUCAUCACAUGAACUGCGUUUUCCUCGCCAAACUAAUCUACCCAACCUGCAAAUCGAGGAGCCAAAAAAAGGUUCGAUAACGUUUCAAGGAACGCAGCCUCUGAGUGGCUCACAACGUCAACCAACUUGGAAUCUCAACGCAAAUGCCAAUGUUUUUAACAAAGAUCGCACAACUGCAGAUGUUUACGGUGGAUUGAAUAAAGUACCUGGACAACGUGUACAGCCACACUUUGGCAUCCAAGCUGAAAAGGAUUUCGGCAAAAAUGGCUUCAUCAGAGGUCAUACUGAAUUUCAACAAGGUCCACAUAGUCGUAGAUUCUCUCCUUCAGUUGGUAUAACUGGUGGCUUUCGAUUUAAGAGAGAGGCUGAACCUCAAGAUUCACUAGCAGAUAUUUAUGGAGGAUUAAAUAAAGUACCUGGACAACGAGUGCAACCACAUAUCGGCAUUCAAGCUGAGAGGAAUUUUGGCAAUGGUUUCAUCAGAGGUAAUGGUCAACUUCAACUGGGUCCAAGAGGUCACGGUGUCUCUCCUUCAGUUGGUAUAACUGGUGGAUUUCGAUUCAGAAGAGAGGCUGAACCCCAAGGUUCAAUAACUUUCCAAGGAACGCAACCUCUGAGCGGUCCAAUGCGUCAACCUACCUGGGAUCUCAACGUUAAUCGUAACAUUAUGAACAAUGGCCGCACAACCGCAGAUAUUUAUGGAGGAUUAAAUAAAGUACCUGGACAACGAGUGCAACCACAUAUCGGCAUUCAAGCUGAGAGGAAUUUUGGCAAUGGUUUCAUCAGAGAAGAGAGGCUGAACCCCAAGGUUCAAUAA